UCUCUCGUCGUCUUCUUUGUCCGCCACUUUCCAUAGUUCGUUCCUACCUUCGUCUCCCAUCUUCAUCUUCUUCUUCUCUGCGCCAGUCGUUUCGAAAUCUUCACUCUCCGAUUCAUUUGAUGCCCGCCAUGGAAAACGGCGAAGGAACCUCGGAGAUGGCGAUGGCGGAGUUUACAAACAUCGAUACCACCGCUGACUCCAUUGCUUGCUCCGACAUUUUUCAUGUCGUCACUGACAUCAUGGGUUUCGUUCUCUUUAUGCACCAGCAAAUUCCCUCAGUACUUCAGGACAUCACUCACGAAUUCGAUGAUUUGCGCUCCGAGUUUGAGGAAUUGGAAGUUGAACUCGCGAAAAGUGAAGUGAAUUCGAAAUUGGCGAGGAGGAAGCAAGCCACGAGAAAGAGAGAGGUGAAAAUGGGGAUAAGAAGAUUGGAAAAAUUGGUGAACUGUAUUUCCAAUCUCAAGACUGCGCUUCAGCUGAUGAUAUCACAAACUCCGAAUGUCGAGAAAAUUUCUCUUGUCCUUGGCCCUAGCCCCCUAAGGCCAUUACAUGUUUACGAGCUAAAUUUUUCCCAAGAGAGAGCUGUUUCCACGGACUUUGGUCGGACAAAAGUUGCAGAAACUCUUUCCCGGAAGGCCAUUCGUAUGAUGAUAUCAAAGGGCACUGGUUCGGAUUCCUCUGGUGGACCUACAAAAUUGUUUCUCAUGGUGAAAGCUCCUUCUUGCUUUAAUUUGCCUUUGCACUUUCUUCCAAAGCGUGAGUUUCGGGCGAAUAGGAAGACAGUGCCUUUCAGAUUGCGAUUCAGGUGCAGAAGCCAAGGGCCAGAGAUGAAUGCACAACUUAAUGAUUGCCAUCCAACAGCAACAGAUUUUAUCUGGUUUCAAUGCCGACAUGCGAUCAAGGGCUUGGCUUUGGAGACAACUCCUCUGGAAGAUUAAAUCUCCAGUAUUGCAGUAAGCUGUAGUACUUACUACAUAGUAUGCUACAGAUGAAGUCGCUGAUAUUCAUGGUUGAAUCUACUUUAGCUUCUCUUCUUGCAACUUUAGAUCUCUCACUGCAUUUUAAACUUUUGGUAAAAUACUAAUCUAUGCCAUAAAUGUAAACUGUGGAUGACAUAUGAAAUAUGCUAGCAUAGAAUAUUGGAAUAGGAGUGGCAUUUAGAUAGCGCUAUGGUGCAAUUUGCAAAUGUUGUAUGUAGCUGUCUGUACCUCCUCGAUUCCAAAGUUGUUGAAAUCGUAUCAAAAGAGAUGCAGAGAGUCUGAAUUGAUGUUUUUUGAGGGCUGCAACUUUGACAAUGUGCGCAUUGAAGCACUUAUUGUUCAUAUAAGAAAGAAGAGAUACCCUUGAUGGAGCAACAAGAAAUCUUAGGAUGUCUGAGGAGAUUGAGAGGUACGAGCUUUCAAUGUCUUAAUAGCACAAAAGCAAUAUACUUGCUGGAAGUAAUUAUCCUUGUUCUGAAUUUAUUAAUCUCAAAUUUAAGUCACUAUUUGAUGAUUUUUGCGAUAUUAGAAGAAAUACACUUUUGUUCUUCAUUGUACACGGAAGGAAUCGUUUAAACAGUCAACAUUCAAAAGAAUAUUGUUUGGAAAUGCAUAUUAUCGGUUUCCAAGUUAGUUGAGGCAUCUAUCUGCCAUUUUAGCUUUGUGCAGUGUAUAUUGUAUCGUAUUGCAGGAGAUAAUGCCCGCAGCAUAAGUUGUUCAUCAUCGAGACCAACAGAGGACGACGUUGUUGAAACUACAUGAGCUGCAGAUGAUUUUCGGAUAGCUUGUGAUUGUGGAAGGGGUCUGUGUUUUUUCUCAGUUGCCAUGGCAUGGCAGGUUAGUUCUCUACAAAAUUCUGCAUCCUUGGGGGUGAUGAAUUGAGGAAUGAGUUACAGUUUGGUACAUGAAUCACUAGCUGCAAGAACACACCCUUUGUCUUCGGACAUGUUACAAAAAUCUCUAAGAACUCUAUGGUACUUUGGUAUUAUGGCUUCUUCAAACAGAAAUGAGUUUAGAUGAUAUUUGGGAUUUUAUAUGUACUUGGCAUGCCUAAUUGUAAGGGGAUUAAGCCUAUGUGGUUGUAAUUUGUGAUAUAUCAAU